AUGGCCUCCGGGAGCCUGGCUUACAGGCAUCAUGCAGAUUUGGAGACAGAUCUCACGAAGUUUGGUUUCUUAGUCUACGGAGGAACAGUCCGAGACUUCCACGAGUGGGAGUUCCGAGCAAUGACUCGGUGGACCCAGACCAAGGACGACGAGAAGAAGGAUCUCGCGUCCAAGUUCCUCGACUCCUUAAGGGGCGAGGCAUACAUUGCCGCGGAAGACUUGGGUGCAGAAGUCCUUGGCUCCAAGGACAAUAUACCCAAAGUCAUAGAGAAGGUGAGGACCAACCUGUUCCCCUUGCAGGAGCAAGAGAGCAAGGAGCUUUACAGGCUAGGUACUCAAAUAGGAGGCAUGCUGAGCCGGCAAGCCGGUGAGCCAAUGACCUCGUACCUGUCGAGAAGGAGCCGCUGGUGGAGGAAGAUGAAGCAAUUGGACAAGACAGUGUCCAUCAGCGAAAGCAUCCUGACUGAUCUACUGCUGGACAAUGCAGGGAUCAAUCGGCAGGAGAGAAUAAUGGUGAUCACCGCAAUGGCGGGAUCAGUGAAGACCGAGGACUGUGAGAAGGCUUUGAUAAAGAUGCAUUCGCGCAUACACCUGCUAGAGAAGAAGAACCCCUCGCCUUUUGGGAAAGGCAAGGGGAAGCCUUACUCAGGGAAAGGCAAGAAAGGGAAAGCGCACAAGGGUGCGCAGUACUCCUACCUCAGUGCGGUAGAGGAGUUGUUCGACGCCACAGAGGACGACGGCGAAGACUACGCUUGCACAGCAGACGCGUAUGCCGCCGACGCCGAUCAAGAGAAUGACUGGGUUUACCCAGGUGGCGACGACAGCUACGCCGACUGGGGCGAGGAGACAGCGUUGGUAGCGCAGACGGCCGACGCAUCCCUAAGGGACGUCGAGCUGGAUGUGCUCACGGCCUUCCUGGGAACCGAAGGGUUCAACUCGGAAGACCGAGAGCGGCUCUAUGCCGAGACCAUGGCUUUUAUGGCCAGGUCAAAGGCGAAAGGAAAAGGGAAGCCGACGUCAAAAUCGGCUCACUCCUACCGUCCACGCCCGAGCAACCUCAGCGUGGAGGACCGGCGCAAGAAGUUACAAGAAAUAAAGAGCAAAAGCACAUGCAAAGUGUGCGGGCGCCGGGGGCAUUGGGCCGGAGACAAGGAGUGUCCCGGAAAGCAAGCGACUUCGUCAGGAGGCGCAUCGGCAGCGUUCGUCGCGCAGGUCGUGCGCACCGAGGAGAAAGGUACCCAGACGGACACCUGGGGCCGAAAAGCCUCGGACACCAGCGACGACUCCGACGAGCGGUUCGGCUACCUCAGUGUCGCGAACGACAUGGGCCGCGUGGCCUACAUGGGGUUCUUCGACGACGGCGACUUUGAGGAGUCGGACGAGGAGCUAGAGGCAGAUAGUGCCCUAAGCUCUGCAUGGAGCUAUGUCGACUACCCAGAGGGGGGCGACAUCAAGUUCAACUUCGGCAUGCACAAAGGGCAGACCUAUAUGGACUGUCUUCGAGAACACCCAGACUACUACCACUGGGGCUUGUCAGAGAAGAACCCAAGCCCACAGCUUGAAGCUUACCUGAGGUGGGUGUUUAAGAACUUCGACGUGCCACCCGCUGGUGCGGGCAGACCCGUUCAGAGGGACCGCCCGGUUGCCGACAGGGACUGCGACCUUGAUGUGGCACGGUCGCUUAUCCUUUCAGGAAGGAAGACCAAGUCGAAGCUUAGCAUGAUGAAGCAGGCAGACGAACCUUGCAGAGGCGGCUGCCCUGAGCGUGCUAUCUCCAGAGCGGGAAGCAACGCGCACGUGAUGAAAACCACGUGCAUGAUCUGUGGACACAAGACAAGUGUGCCACGACCAAAGGUGACGCCGACGAAAGCGACGCAUGAGUGCGCGCAUGAACGCGUGGACUUUAGAUACAGCACAAGAAGCGUUCAUAAGGUUUACUGCCUUGACUGUGACACGAUCGUGGAGGAGACUCCACAGAGAGUGCACAAGAUGGGCAAGGAGCUAGCGUCACAAGUCAAGUCAUCGUCCUUGAAGCAGCAGGACUUGACUAGGAGACAACUAGAUGAGGUAGAGCUCACUAGGAUGGAGGCCGGAGAUGUCAUCAAGAAGUUCGUCAAGUACUGGGACAAGCGUUUGUGUAGGGUUGACGCAGUAACCUCUACAGAGCUGUCUAGUGUGCUAGAGGACUUCAUAGAUGAGUGUAGAGAGGCACAGGGAGAGUCUGCUGCAGGAGACGCCACCGAGGGCGGCCAUGGGCGCUGCGUCUCCGGCGGCAGCUGCGCCGAGAAGGACUACGCAGCAGUGAGUGACGACCCCUCAGUGGGCGUUCACAGGAAUUUUUUUGAUCCCUCAGGGGACAUACACAUGGCACUGAGUGACCAUGCCGAAGAGCAGGUCAGCGAGCCUACGCUCCCUCUGCUGGAUCCCUUAGAGGACCACGACAACAUCUGGGUGAUGUUGGACGAGGGGUGCAACACCACUUGCCACGGACGCAAGUGGAGGCAGAACGCGGAGGCCACCCUCGCCAAACACGGCUUGAAGCUCCUGAAGGUGAGCAGCGAGGGAGGAGCCUUCCGUGGGAUAGGCUCUAGCCGGUGCAGCGGAAAGUACAAGCUUCCGUUUGCGCUGGGACUGAGGCCACAAGGCACCCUGAACGGUGACCUGGAGUCCAGCGAGCUGGAGAACGACGAGGUUCUCUGCCUCCUUAGCUUGCAGGACCAGACGCAGCUCGGGCUGGUCAAGGACCUCAGAGCGGGCCGAGUGACGCUCAAGGACUACCCCGACGUCUGGUUGCCUGUGGCGAGGCACGUGAGGACCGGCCUCAUACUGCUUAACAUAAGCAGCUUCGGCAAGGACCCCAACAGGCACCACAGGGCUUUUGCCUUGAGGCCGAGGAGCCCGUGCAAGCUCCUGAAGGGAAAACCGACCCCUGGAAGGGGCGGGCAAGAGGAGUCGACCCAUCAAGUGGGCGACCAGAGUGCCUAUAUGACUGGAGGCACGACGGAGGCAAGCAGCUGCAAGUGCAGGAAGGUGCACUUCUACACCUUCGGUCUGGAGAAGCUGGAGUUUUCGAAGAAGAGCUACAAGAGGAGCAAGGCGCUGACCGACCUCUUCCAGACCUUCAGCCAACGGGGUAAGAGCUACGACUUUACCCUGGACUCGGAGGAGCACGAGCAGAAGCUGCUGACCUCCCUCCGCGAGAACUUCCCCUUCGUCAAGGAGCUGGACACGAAGCAGAUCCUGUUUGUGGACUGCCGGGCGACCGGAGAUCCGGCGUCCAAUAAAUCGUUGAGGGACCAUUUAGGGGUAUACCCCCUUAACCUGCAACACAUGACCACCAACCCGAAGUGGCUCGACUGGUGGAAGGAAGUGGUUCCCUCAGCGCACAGGCUCUUGACCGAGGUGGAAGAGGCCUACGUUUUUGUCUUCUGCAAGAGCGGAAGGCAUCGCAGCGUGGCCAACGGCGACAUGUUGUACAGGGCGAUUUUCGACCUGUAUGACGUCGAGGCCGUAGAGAUCGAUCACUUCUGUGACGGUCCAAACUGGCGUCACACUUGCGGUGGCCUGUGCCAGGACUGCAAGUGGGACAACCCAGAGACCAGUCCUCUGGCCGAAGAGGCUGUGAGGGUUUCCCAGCAGAUCUGGAAGGAUGUGAUGCUGGAGAACGGUGUCACACUGCCAGGCGGCAACAGUGUGACCGUGAAGCCUGGUGGCAUCACCGUGGACGAGGUGAAGCCGGAGCCCUCUAGUGGUUCCAGAGACAAGCCAGGUGACUCCUCAGGGAGCACAGACAGGCCAAAGGGUGACCCUUCUGAGGGCACCGACCAGAGCGUGGACGUCGACAAGAAGAAGGCCCAGCACUUCAAGUGCUGGGACCUCCGCAGCAGCAUGGUGGACAUGUCCGACGACCAGCUCAAAAAGACAGCCUUCCUGUUUCUCAGCAGGAUUUACUCCGUGUUUGACCCUCCUAAGCAGGAGAAGGUCACGGAGCUCAUCGCGAAGUAUGAGCUCGACCUGCGGACACUGGUGGGAGCGGUGUCAGCCAAGUACUUGGACUUGGCGCAGGCCCAGUCGCUGUUUGAGUCCCUGCGAGACAGCGUGCUGGGAGGAAAGCGCACGGAGCUCGGCUGGAAGGCCGACUUGGAAGAGGCCAACCGGUCCUUGGACCAGGCUCUGGCCUACAUGGAGGCCGACGACAAGGACGACAAGGCCGAGAAGGAGAGGCUGAAGGAGGCUCUUGACGAGAGCCGAAAGAAGAAAAGCGAGUCCGAAAGGGACCGCACCAGGACUCCGACUAGGGAGCCUGCGCCGACGGACAAAGGCAAAGGAGUCGGCGACAAGGGAAAGGCGACAGGGAAAGGAAAAGGAGCCCAGAAGGGCAAGAAAGGAAAGGCAGAACACGAGCAGGAGGACCACCCCGAGGCCAGGCAGGACCUCUUGGACCUGAACGAGGACGUCUCGAAGCCGCACCACCUGACGGACCGCUUCUUGCACUUGGUGGUGGACGGCCACAAGAGCUUCCAGGGUGGAGGCAAGGGGUGCGCCUUUAAGGCGUGGCUCCAGAACAGGCGCGGCCCCACCAUCGCCGUCAGGGUCUCGUUCCGCAGGUACCCAAGGAACAGCUGGGACAAGCACCCGGCAGCCCUGGCAAGGUACACCAAGUACACCUGCGCUUGGUGGCCGAAUAGUGGUUUGUGGAGGUGUGUGGAAGAAGGCGUCGCGGCCGACAAGUGGACCUUCUUCGACGAUCCCCCAGAGAGGAUGCUCGUCUUCCUUGUGCCCCCGCGCCAGAACACGGCGUACUUCGUGGGCGGCCUCCCGGACCUGUCGGGUUCCAAGCUGAAGGUCAUGCCGACCAGCUUGGCGAAGUCCUUCGAGGAUUCCUCAAAGAAUCUCGGGACUCACGACGAGAUGCUGUUCAGAGCACUCGGUCUGCAGAGCACAGGUGACCACAGCGACCUGAAGAUCUACGUGCUCGCGAACAGCAGCUUUCAGCCCGGAUCCCUUGAGAGGACCGGAGCCACAGUGAUGGUACGCCAUCCUGGGCACAAGAUCAUCCUUUUAGAGGACAUCGGAUGGACAAAGCAAAUCUCUAAGGAGAUUGCUAAGGUACAGCCGGACCUCCUCCUUCUGGUGUACGAAGGGCUGGAGGACUGUACAGAGCUCUCACCCGCAGCCCAGAGCUUCUUGGACGGCUUCGCCGCCUGCGCUGCAAAAGAAGUGCUUGUGCUUGACAGCGUGAGCAGUGUGAGGUGGAAGUACUUAGAGGCGAGUAGCUGCUUAGAAGAAGGUGAGAGAGAGGUUCAGGUCUACUUUGGUAGAGGUGACCUAGGUAUAGGCACUACCUCGCAGGCGCUAGGAGAAGUUUUAGUAGACUGGGCCGACAACGACCACAGUGUCUACUACUCACCAGUUAGCGUGGACACGGUAGGUGACCACGAGGGUUUCGCUGAGUGUGUGGUAGCAGCCUUGCUUGAAGUUUGUGUUGAAGAAAACGUAGCAAGUGCUUUUCCUGUGGAAGCUAGGCAGGAGGAAGUCGAAGAAGCAGGUACUAUGGACGCGGUCGUAGAUCAGCGUGACAAUAGGACCAGCUUCAUGGACGAAGAAGAGGCCGCAGCAGAGGCCGACUUCCUUGACACACUCCCACUUGCGGGUUUUCCUAAAGAGGAAAGCGAGAGGCGCAGGGAGUGGGCAAAGGUACCACGGCGAGUAAGGCUGGGUAUCAGAAGGCUUCACAACAUGAUGAGUCAUAAGCCUAAAGAGGUUAUGAUUCAGGUGUUGAGGGGAGCCGGAGCUUCAGAGGAGCUCAUAAACGCAGCGAAGGUAUUCAGGUGUGAAACCUGCCGCGUGAGUGACGAAUCAGUUCGCACUCAUCCCGUCAACGCACCACCGCCCUACGAGUUCAACCACACGGUUUCCGUGGACGUCUUUGAGACGUCAGACAGCGUUGGUGAGAAGUACAGCUGGCUCAACAUCGUGGACAAUGGAACUUGUUACCAAGUGGUAGCACUUGUCCGUGUUGGGGGAGGACAACCCAGUAGCGCUAAGUGCCUUCAGAAGUUCAUGAAGUACUGGGCUUCCCCGUUCGGCUGGCCAAAAGUAAUCACCCAUGAUAGGGGAUUACACAACCGAGGGGCAUUCGCCUAUGGACUUGCUGCCCAUGGCGUAUUGAUACGUCAGGCCGGGCUAGAAAGUCCAGAACACAUCGGAAGAUGUGAAAGGCACGGGGGGAUCCUUAAGAGGGCCUUCCGCAGGAUUGUCCGACAGCACAACCUGGCGGGAAAGACGGAAGUGAAAGAGGCUAUGCUUGAAGGGCAAGUCUCUAAGAACGAGUUCCUAAGGGUAGGCGGCUUUGCGCCUGUCCAGUGGGUCCUAGGCAGACUGCCUAGGGGAGUUGGCCACGUUUUGGACGAAGACGAGUUAGGCCAACUCGGCGUACUCUCAGCUCGGAUGGAUCCGACGACAGCUUUCGGUAGAAGGGCGGAGUUCCGCCAUACCGCCCGGAAAGCAUUCGUCAAGCAGGAUUGUUCGAGGAGGGUGCGGUCCGCCAUUCUUCGGAAGGCGGCACCACUCCCGGGCAGAUAUCAAGCUGGGGAUUUGGUAUGCUACCGAAUCUCCCGGGAGGAGCACCAUGGCGUUCCCUCCUGGUCUGCGGUCGCGAAAGUUAUAGGCGUCGACGGCAAAACGGUGUGGGUGGUACACCAGGGCGUGCCUGUAGCGACCAGCCUUGGGAGGCUCAGACCGUGUACGGCGGCUGAGGUUUUAGCGUACCAGGUUUUAAACCGUGGUAACAUACGCUUCGAGCAUGCAGAUGCCGAGCGUGAGCAGAGAAGGUACGUUGAUGCCACAGAAGACAUCCCGACGGGUGAUCUUGAGGCAGGCGAUACCGCAGGAGAGCCGAGUAUAACGAUACCGGCGGCGACUCUACCUGCGACAGAGCGUGCAGUCAGGAGAAGGGUAGGUCCACGUGAAGAGUCACGGGCCGUGACCCUAGACACUGUUGAGGAGCCUGAGGUCGAGGAGACCGAAGCUCCCGACGCAGAGCUGGUCCCUGCAGUGGACCAGGAAGCGCAGGAAUCGAUAGCUGAGGCUACGAUGGAGUCAAGCAUAGACACGGGAGGCUCUGACACUUCUCUUCACGCGAGCAUACGUGCUUACGCGAGCCACUUUUGGAGUUACAAGGAAGCAGCUAUUUGGGAUAGCCUGCCAGGAGAGAAGGAGUAUGAGGAGCUACGUGUUUUCCUUGCAGAUAGAUGGGACCAGCCCACUAUCAACACGUGGAAGAAAAGGCGCAAGAACUACACUGGCAAGAAGCAGAAAGAGAAGAACGGAAAGCUUCUGGUUUACGCCAAGUGUUCUCCUGAGGUUCAAGCAGAGCUUGACAAGACAAGGGAGAAAGAGUGGAACAAGUGGAAGGAGUUUAGCGCCGCAGUCGUAAUCGACAAGAACCAGUUGGAAGAGCUUAUACGUGAAGGACAUCAGAUUAUUCCAACGCAAUGGGUCGAGGUCGACAAGCACCACGCGCAGCGUUUGGCGGACCCCACAGUGGAGGCCAAGUACAAGUCUCGACUUGUAGUGCGUGGGGAUCUCGAGCAAGGAGAGAUCAUCGACGAGUUCAAAUGCGGAACCGUCGAAAGCGACAGCUUUAGGUAUUGUGGUAAAGAGGUGAAGCAAGAUGAAGACUACAACAUCCACAUUACCUGCGGUGACACUACGAGGACGAUCAAGAAGAUUCCGAUAGCACCGCGCCGUCGCCCCGGAGAUCCCUUAACGGACUCCGACAGGACGCAGAUGAAGUCUGUGGCAGGCUCACUUGCUUGGGUGUGCCGACAGUGUCGGCCAGACCUCUCGUAUAGGGUUUCGCGUAUCCAGUCAGCUUCAAACAGUGGAACUGUUGCUGACAUCAAGGAGGCGAACAAGACCGUGGAGUAUGCGGUCAAGACCUAUGAGAGGGGUAUUACUUUCAGAUCUGGGUUACUGGACUGGAGUAAGCCCGGCGGUCUAAUGAGUUUAGUGAUCACAGACGCCUCGCACGCCAACGAGGAGGAAGAGCUCUUGGUGAAUGGCUCAGUGUCUGUGGAGCACCACAGGAGCCAAGGUGCGAGGAUGAUCUUCGUUGCCACACCAUCCCUUUGGGACCAAGACAAGGGAAGCGUGCAUCCAAUAGCUUGGGCUUCGAACAUAGUUCGGAGGGUGUGCAGAAGCACCAUCCAGGCGGAGGCCUACACCUUACAGGCAGGUGUGGAAGACGGAGACGUGAUUCGCGCAGCAGUGGCUGACCUGUUUGGGGUACUGGACCUCAAGAGAUGGGAAGCUUCAGCCGCGAAGUUCAUGAAGCAGAUCUGGUUUACAGACUGCAAAUCUCUGGAGGAGACACUGAUGAAUCCGAAGUGUUCCAAACACUCGGACAAACGUCUCUCUAUAGAGAUAGCGUCCUUGAGACAGGACCUCUGGAGGAAGAAAGGUGAAAAGGCUGGCGAUCCGUACGAAGAAGACUACCGUCCGAGCGACGAGUCCCUCACAGACACGGUACGUUGGAUAGAUACGGACGUAAUGGUGGCCGAUCCACUCACUAAGGUGAUGGAGCCAACCAAACUGGUUCACGUCAUGGAGACGAAUGAGCUGGACGUUAAGCAGCCAAUAGAUAGCAUCGUGAAGAAACGAGCUAAGCAACUCCAGAGAAGGAAAGGGAAUCCAGCUGAAGCGGAUCCUAAAGAGGACGGCUGA